AUGAUAAUAGCUGUGCCUGCCAAGAACGCCCCAGAGGAUGCCAUGUGCAGACUGGCACGGGGGCUCCACGCAGAAAUCUAUGAUGGGGGUCAGGAGGCGGGAGGACAGGACUGCGUGACCUGUGAGGACGUGACCACUAACUUCUCCCAGAAGUGGGGACUCCACGAUGAGCAGAGGCGCCUGUACUGCGAUGUGAUGCUGAAGAACUUGGCACUCGCCCGUGGUCUCGCUGGGUACGGACUUACCUCUCUCAGGCCACACACAGUUGCCCACCCGGAGACAGGUGCAGAAGCCUAGGUGCCUGACAGAGCAGACCCACCUUCAGCCAUGGCAAAAGGGGCACACAGUGGACCUGGCUCUGAACUUUGCCAUGGAACAGAGAGAAAGGUGUAACCUUCUGAGCAUAGUGUUUCUGCAGAAAGGCUGCCAAAGAACAGGAAUCCCAAGACUGCUCUGUCUACCCAGAAAGACUAUCCUUGUGAUAUGUGUGGCCUACACUUGAAAGACAUUGUGCACCCGGGUGAACACCAGGAAACCCAUUCCAGGCAGAAACCACACACAUGUGAGGCUUAUGGGAGAGAGUGUGAGUUGAGUACAAACCUUCACCUGCAAAAGAUGCAGCAGAAUGUCGACAAGUCGUCCAGAAGGGAUGAGAGCUCGACCUUGUGUAAGAUCUGCAGAGACAACACAUCAGAGAAGCCUUUCACAUUCAAGGCAGAUGGGAAAACCUUCAUGGCCAGAUCCAGCUUUCUCCAGCCUCAGAUCUCUCCCAGCACUGAGGAACCACAGCAAAAUACUGAAGGCAUGGUGCACUUUCACACUGUGCAAAGCCGCGAUAAGUGCAAUCAAUUAAGGGUGUACACAUACCCAUCAAAGACCUGA